CAACUUUACUCACACAUCUGGAAGUUAAAAGCUUCACCUUUCUAAUGCAGCUUGGGCCAUCUCGACUCCAGUCGUCACCCAACAUUUACACUUUCAACUCGAUUCCUACACGACCCAAUUCCUUCUUUCAUCCAAACAAUCCCUAAAAAAUUUCUCGACACUUUCUACUUUCUUUCAACCAUCGGAUCGCAUUUUCUUCACGGGUUAAUCAACCAUCAGUCUUGAUCACUCCGUGUGUUUUUUUUUUUGUUUUUUUCCAUCUUUCUACUUCGUGUCAAUUCACCGAGCUGGUCAACUUUCACGUCUCCCUAGCUUUCAUGCACUAGAUUUCACUACAUUCAACACCAUGCCGCCCCAUUCUUUCAUGGAAUGGGUAAUCGGCCAGAAUGUAAUCCCUAGGCCGAGGGAACCCAAUCGACGCCGCUCUGUCUUUGCAAUGGAACUCGAGACCGACGAUGUGGCUGAAUCCGACACAAUCAAGGUGACAUAUCCAAGAACCGGAAGAUCGUCGUCUCGACGAACCACACAGCCUGAGGCUAAUAAAAUCAUUCGUUUUGUCGAGGACGGUCACAAGACCGAAGUCAAAAAGACGGAAGUUCAAGCCAAACCUGUUACCAAACCUGUACCCAAGCCACUACCCAAACCGCUACCAAAACCGGACACGGAUGCCAGUCCAGUUAUGAAUACCAGCGGCGAUCAAGAGAAGACAGAAGAGGAAGUGAUCAUGGACUGUCCUUGUGCCAAUUGCAUUGAAGCACAAAAGAAGUUGAAGGCAAAAGAGGCUGAGUCGUUAUCCAAUGCAGCUGCUGUUCAUGCCAAACAUGUUCAUGCAAAACAUAAGGCAAAAGUAGCCAAGAAGACAGAACCGGCCAAGCACAAGUCAAGUACCAAGAAACAGAAGCCCAAGCAAAAGGCUAAGAAACGCAAGGUGAAGUUUGUCAGUGAGGCCGAAACUACCGAAGCUACGGCGACCGAAUCCGAGACUGAAGUUGACGCCGAGACUGAGACUGAAGUUGAGACCGAGGAGGAUACUGAAGCUGAGACCGAGUCUGAAUCUGAGGAAGAGGAAGUGGCCCCGAAGAAGAAAAAGGGGGGCAAGGAAGGCAGAGACAACAAGAAGCCUGGAAAGUCCGUUAAGAAGAGCCGACAGGAUAAGAAAAGUGGUGAGAGCAAGAAGGGAGGAAAGGCUUCGGCGAAGUCCCAGAAGCAGGAGAGUAAGGGAAAUAAGAAAUCUAAGAAAGAGACAAGCACGAUUGAUGACGAGCUCGUUUUCAAGAUGGCAAUGAGCUACAACAGGGAAAAGCAAAGAGAAAGGGAAGAGAGAAUGAAGGCCAAGGCUGAGGAAGAGGCCAAGGAAGAAAAGGCCAAGGAAGAAAAGGCCAAGGAAGAGAAGGCCAAGGCCAAAGCUAAGGCUAAGGCUAAGGCUAGGGCCAAGGCUAAAGCAGAAGCCGAAGCAGAAAAGCCACUUCCUCCUCACAAUCCAGGACCCGAGAAGAAUGUGAGGUUCCUCUUCCCAAGCAAGUCUCAGGUAUUACAUGUUGAGCAUUCUGUUGAGGAGCCCAGCGACCCCUAUCCUAACGCAUUCUACGACAACAGAAAUGGCAUAAUGCGUGUAUACCAUGGUCCGUCUUAUGGAAACCCAACUUCGAUGUUAUAUCCCAAGAAGACUUACGAGAACCAGCCGUUGCCCGUAGGCACACCACAUCCACUCGAGAACCCGUACUAUAAUGGGUUCCAAAGUACUGCCAACAGAGGACGCGCAUCCGCAUUCACGCCUCCUCAAACACCACCACGUCAACGCAGUCCUCUUGGUGCGCCACCCGAUCCACCUCAAGCGGAACGGUGGUUCCAAGGAGUUGGGUCCGUCCAGGUAGGAGAGGUCCCGGUAGGAACGGAUCCGGCACGAAAGGACCGGGUAGGCAAGGACCGGGUAGGCAAGGACCGGGUAGGCAAGGACUCGGCACGAAAGGACCCGGCACGAAAGGGCUCGGGCUAUGAAGAGUCAAUUGAUACAGAUUUCUACGAUCGAGCAACUCGACGAGUUGAUUCACCAACGUCCCGGUCAGCUAAAGCAGCCCGGACGUCAAAGAACAGCGAUCGAGCUGGACGAUCGAACGUCGUUCCGCCCACUAAGGCGAACGACAAAAAGUCCAGUGACACUCAGAGCAUCCACGGCUCACAGAAAGGCUCCAGGUCUAGAGAUGGGAGUCAGAAUGGUGGUGAUAAAAGCGGCACCAGGAAAGAAAAAGAACCAGUAGUAAGUUCAUUGUGGAAAAUCACGGAGAACGAGGACGAGGAAAUGGGUUGGAGCCAAAGGCCGGAUAGCGUCAAUAAUCCCCAUACCAACGACAACCAUUCUCACCGAUCUGGCAGUAACAAUAACGAUCAGAAUGAGGAACGGGGCAGAGAUAAUGUACCGCUACAGGGUUUCCCGAUUGACUGGAAGCAUGCCCGUAACAUUCCUGCCGAUCGACAAAGCAACCCCAGCGUUAAGAAUGGAUCCAACAGUAGCAGGAACUCAAGUAACGCCUCUAAAGCUAGCAGUACACGCAGCCGAACAAAUCAGACUCUACCUGGGGGUUGGGUUAGUAGUCCAACAAAAUCAGACCGCUCGACUCGUUCGAGACCUCCUGGCACGAUCCCAGACAACGUCGGUCCAGAUCUGACCAGCUCUACUAAGAAGUCAGACGGCAAACGCAACAACAACGUGGACGAGAAGGCUGACGAAUGGGGAGACGGUGGUAAGCGCAACGGUCGGAAGAAUAAGAAUGGACCAAGCUGGAAAGACACCGAUGUGGCCCAGACCUCUGGCGGCGCCUUCGAAGACGAGGACAACAGCAACGGUAAUAACAACCAGGGGGAGCGGAACGGCGAGGGCGGGCAAAAGGUUAAGAGCCAAUCAAUAUGGUAGGGCUGGUUCGAUUUUGGUCUUCCUUAUGUACGGCUUCGGGCGUGGCUCUUCUUCGUUGUGGUCUUCUGUUUCCGAACCAGACCUCUGAGAAAGCUUAGGAACUAGAAGCCAACGUCGCUUUCACGGAAGGGUCUCUCUU